GGGAAGAGUGAUCAUAGAACUUUUCUUCCCAUCGGCACUCUCACUUCCUUGGCAAGGGAUGUGACAAUCAUCAUAUGAAAGGCAUAUACUCCGUACGUUCGUCGUGGAUAUGAUCGACAUUCACAUCGACACCAACACCAACAAACAAGACCUCAAUACUUCCACCGGGACCAGAAAUGUCCUUAUCGUCCGCCCUUACACACGAGUGGUUUGAGCAGAAUCAAUUACUGUCAUUACCUUGUGUCUAUUGUUUUCGGAGACCAUCGAACAUAGAAAUAGUCCACACCACAAACUUCAAUGAUCCAGGUAUCAAUCCUGAACCGACGCAAUGAGGCGUCCGGUGCCAAGGACUCGGACGACGAAAUAUUCGAUCCAAAAGAAAACCGCAACGUGCCUUUAUCAGAGCAAGGACUCCAGCGCCUCAAACACUUGACUUGGGCAUGGUUCACCUUCCCCAUGGCCACGGGCGGAUUGGCACUGCUCCUCUCGCCCGAAAAUCAGCCACAUACAUUCACGGGUCUCAAGACGAUCGGAAAGGUCGUCUACAUCAUCGACCUGUGCAUAUUCACACUCACCAUCGCCGGGAUAACAUACCGCUUCAUCAAGUGGCCGGGCACCUUGAAAGCCAGUCUCGCACACCCCACAGAAUCACUAUUCUUCGGAACCAGCUUCCUCUCGCUCGCCAGCAUCAUCGCGUCCAUCGCGCACUACGCCAUCCCCGCAUGCGGAUACUGGCUGGUCGUCACCUACCGCGUCCUCUUCUGGAUGUACUUCGGCGCCACGUUCCUGAUCGCCGUGGGCGCGUAUCUGGUCCUCUUCACGAACCCGCGCCUGAAGAUCCAGGACAUGACGCCCGCCUGGGAUCUGCCCAUGUUCCCGUUCAUGCUGUGCGGGACGAUCGCGAGCUCCGGCAUCGCGUCUCAGCCGCGCAUGUACGCGAUGCCCAUGCUCUUCGGCGGCUUGACGGCGCAGGGCCUGGGCAUGCUGGUCUCGAUGGGCAUGUACGCCAGCUACGUCAGGCGCAUGAUCAUGUACGGUCUGCCGUCCCCGGCGUCCCGUCCGGCAAUGUUCAUCGCGGUCGGUCCGCCCAGUUUCACGGCUUUGGCCAUCAUCGGCCUCGCCGACCACUGGCCCCGAGGGUCCGACUACUUCGGCCCAGACGCUGUCACGGCGCAGGUCGUCAGAAUCCUCGCGGUCAUGGUCGCCGUGUUCGUCUGGGGCCUAUCGUUCUGGUUCUUCUGCAUCGGCGUCGUUAGCUGCGUCGCCGCCCGUGGCAAGUAUCGGUUCCACCUGAACUGGUGGGCAUUCGUGUUUCCCAACGUCGGCUUCACCCUGGCGACCAUCAACAUCGGGAGAAGCCUGGAGAGUGAGGGAAUUCAAUGGGUCGGGUCCGUCAUGACCGUCUGUCUCGUUGCCACGUACUUUUUCGUUCUGUUCCAUCAUGUUCGAGCAGUCUGGAACAACGAUGUCCUCUAUCUAGGCAAGGAUGAGGACAACUAUCAUCCGGAGAAGAUGGCCAAGGUGGAAUCUAGAGGCGAGGAUCCGGAAAAGUGUGUUUGUGUUAGAGGGAGUUGAGGGACGUCAUGUCUUCCUCCCGUGUGCGUUGAUAGACUGACUAUCGUACCCGGAUAGACUAAGAAUUUAUAUGAUCAUCCAUCAAA